AUGUCUACAGCUAACGAGGGAGAUGUUGCUACUGAGAUGCUGCUAGUGGAUGGUGAAGCCUUCUCUGACGUUGGUGCUGCCUCCGACCCGGACGGCGACGAGUUCUUCGUCGACGACCAGCAAGAGGACGAAGGCAACGACGGGCGGACCAGCCACAGGUGGGCGGUGGACCACUCCUCAGGGCACCACAGGUUCCGAGCCAGACGCUUUAUCGAAAAGGUCCUCCGAAGCGAUUUCGAGCCAGCCGAUGCUAUCAAGAUGCUGCAGGAGAAGCACACGAUUGACUUCGGGUCCCGCGCUGGAGGCAGCGCGCCAGCGAAGGCCACGGACGCCUUCUUCCCGCAGUUCUUCCUUGACUUCUUCAGCAUCGUCGGCAAGCCACGCAGCCCCAUCACGAAAAGCGACGGGCCCGUCUUCGACAACAUCGAGUUCUCUCUCGAGUCAUACGCAGCGCCCUACAGCGCAAAGCAUAUCGGCGGCAUCCCGUUCGAUAUCACCGGGCGCACGUUCAGGGUCGCUAAGGCUGGUACCCGAGAGGUCUGGUUCGUCGUCAUGCACCCCGUGGCGCACGAGCCGACCUCCAGGGGCGGGGCCCCACGCGAGAGACCAACAGCCUUGGACAAGAGCGGGAUGCCGGCCGGGUUAGCCCGCGAGCUGGCCGCAUACAUCGUGGGCGUCUUCCAGUCGCCGCAACUGCUUGGCGAGGGGGUUGAGGCCUGCUGGCGGUUGGGGACAAAGAGUACCCAGCGCAUAAGCUCGGCUAAGUGGCAGGUCUUCCAGCAGCAGUUCAUGGACGGUUGGGCCGCCUGGGCUAGCACCCACAAUCCCAAUUCAUUCUGGCGACGCCACGAGCCGGCCUUUCACGCGUAUGACUACGGCGCGAAUAUCGAGAUCCAGGUCAGCGAUACUAUCUACGACCUGCCGCGCGAGAGACAUAUACCCUAUGAGGAGGAGGAGGAGGAGGAGGAGGAGGAGGAGGAGGAGGAAGGGGUGGAGGACGCCGAGCAGGAUGCCGAGGAGGAGGGCCUCAGAGAUGGAAAUUCUCGGCAGGAGGUCGAAGAGCUCUCUCUUAACGAGGGACAAAGUACACAUAGCGAUACAGUGGAAGGCCGGGAGUACCAGCAGAUGCUCAGAGAGAGCAGGGACCUACAGAGCAUGAUCGUGGAGCUCAACGCCCGCUUUGAUCUCAGCAGUAUCAGUGCUAUAUCACGCGCUGCCUCCUCGCCGACCGGAACAUGGUAG